AUGUUUUUUUCUUUUAUAAUAUCACAAGUGCGGCCCGCCUUUACUAGAUUUUGCCACCUUGUGGCCUUGCCUGCUGAAAGGUUGCCGACCGCUGCUUUACAAGGUGAUUCUGCUUUUCAAUGGCGUGUUCGGCUCGGAUCGUCCUUCGCUUCUACCGGUGGGGCUACACACUCUGUCUCUCGCCUGGUCUUACAUAGGAACUACAAUAACAGGGAACUUACGAACGACAUCGCAAUCGUUAAACUGACAAGUAAUGCAGUUUUGUCUGCGAACAUUGGCCUCGCACGCAUUGCAGGACCUAAUUACCAUCUAGCUGAUGGCACUUUAGUGUACGCCGCAGGAUGGGGAGCUACUUCGUCUGGAGGCAUGUCCUCUGAAGUGCUUCUGCGCGUUGGCCUUAACAUCAUUAACCAUCAACUCUGCACUGAGCGUUACGCCUACCUGAAGACUCAACCUAACUUUGAAGAUUGGCCCGAUGUUACUCCCGAGAUGCUUUGCGCUGGUAUUCUCAAUGUUGGCGGCAAAGACACUUGCCAAGGUGACUCUGGUGGUCCUCUCGUGCACCAAACAGAUGCUCUAGUGGGAAUCACAUCCUGGGGAUACCGCUGCGCAGAUCCGUUCUAUCCUGGAGUGAGCGUUCGAGUGUCAUCUUACACGAGCUGGAUUUCUGAAAACGCU